UUCAGAUUCAGUUUACAACGGAAAGCACAAAUCAACGGUCGUGAAAAUCGAGCAAAGCUCCGUGCGAAAAUCGCAGAAAUUCGUCGAACGAAAUUGAUUUCAGACGUGUGUUGGUGCAUUUCGCUGAACGUAUUACCAGUAUUAAAUUAAAUAAAAUCACAAAGCAUUCGCAAGUUCCUCAAUACCAGAAGGAUAUUCCUUGAAAUAAGAUAAACGCGCGUGUGUCUACGAUUUUGAGAGUGUGUGUGUGAAAAAUCCGCCCUUAACAGCAGCCAGGAAUUCCGAAUCCCGAAGCUAAGCCAAGUCAAACUUUGAAAGGAAAGCAGGGACACUCCGACGGGGCAUUCCGCACGUUGAUGGCUGCCACGAAAAUCAUCGAUGCACCGCGCAACGGCCACGAGAUGGCCCCACUGAACACACGGGCCCGGGGCGAUGGCACCCACGGAGUGACCAUAGUCCUAACCGCCCCGCAGCGCAACUCCGUCCAGUCGGUGGACAUACCGGGCGGUGAGCCGGAACGGGCCGCCUGGAGCGGCAAGAUGCAGUUCUUCCUCAGCAUUAUCGGCUAUUCGGUGGGCCUGGGAAAUAUCUGGCGUUUUCCCUACCUGUGCCAACAGAAUGGGGGUGGUGCGUUUCUGAUACCCUUCAUGAUUAUGCUGAUACUGGAGGGCAUACCCCUCUUCCUCAUCGAGCUGGGCAUCGGCCAGAGAAUGCGACUGGGCGCCCUGGGGGUGUGGAACACCAUCCACCCCUGGCUGGGCGGCAUUGGUAUCUCCUCCUGCAUUGUGACGCUGUUUGUGGCACUCUACUACAACGUCAUCAUCACGUGGGUGUUCUUCUACCUCUUCAAUAGUUUUCGGUAUCCUUUGCCUUGGUCUUCUUGCCCGACGAAUGGUACAGGAUUCGAGCUGGAGGAGUGCGCCAAGUCCUCGGAGACAACGUACUUCUGGUAUCGAACCACCUUGGAUGCGGCCCCCUCGAUGGACGAACCCGGCGGCCUGAAGUGGUGGAUUGUCCUCUGCCUGUUGCUCUCCUGGACCAUUGUCUUCUUCAUCGUGAUGAAGGGCAUCCAGAGCUCAGGCAAGGUGGUCUACUUCACCUCCCUGUUCCCCUACAUCGUGCUGACCAUCUUCUUCAUACGGGGCAUAACCCUGAGGGGAGCGGGAGCCGGGCUGAUGCACAUGUACACGCCGAAGGUGGAGAAGCUACUGGAGCCCACCGUCUGGCUGGAUGCAGCCACCCAGGUGUUCUACUCCUUCGGCCUGGCCUUUGGCUCCCUGAUUGCCUUCGGCAGCUACAACACCCCCAAGAACAACUGUGUGCGGGACGUGCUCCUGGUGUCCGUCUGCAAUGCCGUCACCGCCAUCUACGCCAGUGUGGUCAUCUUUGCCAUUCUCGGCUUCAAGGCCACCGUCAAUGUGGAUCGCUGUGUGGACAGCAACACGGAGAUCCUGGUGAAGCACAACCUGCUGGAUGUAAAUGCCACCCGCUUGGUUUACGAUCAGACCAUUGCCAAGUACAACACCACGGAAAUGGCCAAGUUUCACCUGAGCGAGUGCAGUUUAAGCCAUGAAUUGGACAAUGCUGCUGAGGGCACUGGCCUGGCCUUUAUCGUGUUCACCCAAGCCAUUGUGGAGCUGCCAGGAGCUCCCUUCUGGGCCGUCCUCUUCUUCACCAUGCUGCUGUCGCUGGGACUGGGAUCACAGAUCGGCAUCCUGGAGGGCAUGCUCUGCACCCUCUUCGACAUAGACAUUAUCAAGCGGGUUAAGAAACAGCAUGUCACUGGCGUGGUGUGUCUCUUCUGCUUCAUUGUCGGUUUCAUCUUCUGCACAGGUGCCGGGGAGUACUGGCUCAAGAUGUUCGACUCGUUUGCCGGCACCAUUGGCCUGGUGGUGGUGGCACUCAUGGAGAUGAUAGCCGUCAUCUUUAUUUAUGGACAUGAGCGCUUCACUGAGGACAUCUACCAGAUGACUGGCUAUAGACCAGGUCUAUACUGGCAGCUUACUUGGCGUUACAUUGGCCCUGUGAUCAUGGUCUGCAUUCUGGCCUCUUCCGUGAUCUUUAUGGUCAUUAGGAACCCUACUUACGGAGCUUGGAAUGCUGAUUUGGGUAUGAUCGAGCAAAAGGACUAUCCCAACUGGGUCAUGAUCAUUGCCAUCUCCAUGAUCCUGGCCGGGGUCCUGCCCAUGCCCAUUGUGUUCCUCAUGCGAAGCUUCCAGUGCCUCAAGGUGGACCUGGACAUACACCAGGGCUCGAUUCGCCGCAACGAGACAACCGCCUCCACCAAGGAGAUGAUCGACAAUGACGAUGAUGACGACGAGGACGAUGAGAACGACUUCAGCGGCCCCGCGCUGGGCGGACAUGUUAAGACCCAGAGCGACUUCUCCGACGACGAGGAGGAGGACAAGCCGAUGACCAUGCGGAUGAUGAUGAUGCGUCCGACGACCACCACCAAGACAUCGAACGUGUUAAAUGUGCCAACAAGCAGAAAGCCGAACUUUAAGAAGGACGCGUACGAUGUGUAGACAAGCCACAAAGCCCACUCCAAUAGAUACAGAUACAGAUACAGCUAAAACAGAAGACACAGAUACAGAUACAAGAUACAGGUAAAGGUCCAGGUGCGAGACGAAACGAAAAAUGGCAAGUAAAAUAUUAACUCAACCGAAUUGUGAAGAGACGAGAUGGAUGGCAGGAGGAGAAUGUAUGCCGAGCUGAGCGCAAACAUUUAUAAAUAUUUACGAUAAGUAUUUUAAAAUAAUUUAAAGCUAAGUCUAAGAAAACUACCAGAAUAAAACCCAAGGAGCUAAUUGAA